UAUGCACUUAACCGGAAUAUACGCAAAGCGUGUCGGGUCUGUCGAUGGUUGAUGACGCCACAACUGCGACGCCACGCACGAGGACAGAAUAGAAUAGUGGUCAGUCAAUAGAGAGAGUUAAAAUCCUUAUUUACAAUCAUGCCGAAGCAGAAAACAAAGAAAUUUGCCGUGAUGAAACGGAUGAUCAGUACGAAAGAUCAUCGAAUAAAAGAGAAAGAUCGCACCAAACCCAAACAAAAAAAGAAGAAAGACCCCUCAAAGCUGAAGGAGACAGAAGUGCCCAAGUAUGCAUCCUGCCUGUUUUUCCAAUACAACACUCAGCUCGGUCCACCAUACCACAUCCUCGUCGACACCAACUUCAUCAACUUCUCCAUCAAGGCCAAACUGGACAUAGUUCAAUCUAUGAUGGACUGUCUAUAUGCCAAAUGUAUCCCUUAUAUAACCGACUGUGUGAUGGCUGAAAUCGAAAAGCUUGGAAUGAAAUACAGAGUUGCAUUAAGGAUAGCAAAGGAUCCAAGGUUUGAGCGCUUGCCUUGCGCACACAAAGGAACGUAUGCAGAUGACUGUCUGGUCCAAAGAGUAACACAGCACAAGUGUUACAUCCUAGCUACUGUGGAUAGAGAUUUAAAGAGAAGGGUAAGGAAGAUCCCUGGAGUGCCAAUUAUGUACAUCUCGAACCACAGGUACAACAUUGAAAGGAUGCCAGAUGACUACGGUGCACCGAGGUUUUAAUAAUUUGUACAAAUCUACUGUCACUGUAAAUAAGUUUUCUUCUGUGUAUAUUAAAAACUGUUCAGUACUUUGAACUGCAGAUGCAUUGUUAUAUUGCCAUCAUAAAAGUGAGACAAUUGUGUUGGAGUUUCAAUAAAUAAUUUGAAGCUGA